AUGGAGAAAUUAACGCAAUUCGUGUCCAAGUCUUUCGAAAACAACAACAACACGACGGUGAGCGAGCAGUGUCUCAAUUUGACUUCCGCGAUCAAGACUUCUCCGGCGAUUAAGAUGGAAGACGAGUUCCAGACGCCUUCCGAGGACACCAAAAGGCCCAAGAACUGGCUCAUCUCGGACUUACAGAAAAACAGCACUCAGCAGACCUUCGGCAUCGACCUCCGGCUCAACAAUAGCCAGAUUUUGUACAACUCGUACCACCAGGAUAAGAGCGAAAGCGAGCCGGCCGGGAACCAGACUUUGGGUGCUAAGUGGUUCGACACUAACGCGGAUGUUAAGACUCCUUCGCCCAAAAACAGUUACUGUUCUUCUUCGCCGAUUGAUCUCGAGGACUCGAAAUCGUGCCCGGAAACCGUCGCGAGUGAAAAGAACGAAGAUGACAAACAGGAACAUGUGGAUAAAAGUGUGCACAGCGACGAGAGGAAGUUAUUUAUCCUCGGCGACGAUCAAGAAAAAUCAUCGGAAGAAGCCAUCAGCAAAAGUCGCCACUCCGUCGUUAAUAAUUCUGGUAAAGCGACGACAAAACAGCGUAGAUCUCGUACAAAUUUUACUUUAGAACAACUCAAUGAGCUGGAACGACUGUUUGAUGAAACGCAUUAUCCUGAUGCAUUCAUGAGGGAAGAGCUUAGCCAGAGGCUGGGUCUGAGCGAAGCUCGAGUGCAGGUGUGGUUCCAAAAUAGGAGGGCUAAGUGCAGGAAGCAUGAAAGUCAGAUCCAAAAAGGUAUGAUGAUGAACAGUCACAGCCCCUCGACGAGUACCCCCUUGGAGCCCUGCCGAGUGGUCCCUUACAUGAACGUGCCUGCACUGCGUGGCCUGACUUUAACUCCAGGAUCGGUGGCGUUAUCCAAUUACGACCGCUUGUCCUCUGCAACGUUUUCCCAACCGGGAACGGCGUUUUCCGCUUUCGAUCCUGCAUUCAUCACAGCUGCACACCAGUACGCCGCUGCCGCCGUGGCCGUGGGCGGAGGUCCCGCCAGCAUCUUGUGCCACCCCCAGUAUCCCUUAGGGUUCGCGGCGUUGGCGGCGGCUCACAAGAACUCGAGCAUCGCCGACCUGAGACUGAAGGCGAGGAAGCACGCGGAGGCCCUGGGACUGACAUCGGAGAAGUCGACAUAA